AUGGAAGCUUUUCUCAACCUCACCCUCACCACCCACCUCCUCCCUGUCCUCUACUCCUUGGUGCUGCUCGUGGGGUUGCCAGCCAACGCUCUGGGCUGCUGGGUCCUGCCCGAAGCGGCCUACCACCUCUUGGGCAAUCACUGGCUCUUUGGGGACUACCUGUGCCAUACCAUGGUGGCCUUCUUCUAUGGGAACAUGUAGAGCUCCAUCCUCUUCCUCACCUGCAUUGGCCUGGAGAGCUACAUCUCUGUGGUGCACCUGUUCCUGUGGAAGGGCUCCAGUUGGAUGUGGGGUGAGGUGGGCGUCUGUGUGGGCAGCUGGCUGGUGGUGGGGCUGGGCAUGAGCCCUCUGCUUUUGCACCCCCAGACAAGUCAUAUCUCGAGCCUGAACAUCACAGUGUGCCAUGAUGGCCUAGGAAAGGAUGAGCACGUGUUCCUCGUCUACUCUUUCCUCUCCCUGGUGGGGCUGAGCUUUGGCUUGCCCUUCGUGCUCAUGACAAUCUUCUACAGCUUCAUCCUGGUGCGGCUGCUGGCCAAGGGGAGACGCUAUGGGCAGGUGGUGCCUGUCCUGGCCCUGGUCUUCAUCCUCUGCUUCACCCCCAGCAACGUGCUGCUCUUCAUCCACUACAUGCUGGAGGCCACAGGGUGCCACAAUGUCACCUAUAUCUGGUACACCCUGGUCCUGGUGCUUGGCACCUUCAACAACUACUUCAGUCCCUUUGUCUACUUCUAUGUCUCCCAGGAUUUUUGGGGCUGGGUCAUGGGAUGCAGGCUGCUGCUGCCCCGGGGGACUCAAAACCUUGGCGGGGAGGGCCUCGGAAAAGGCAGCCCUGCCCCUGAGGUCCAGCAAGCAGAGCCAGCUGUAGGCAGGGCUGAGGGGUGCCAGGCUGUGUCCCCCUGCCCUGGGGAGGGGGCAUCCUGCAGCUUGGUGACCGGCGCAAAGGGCCGCACCGUCCCAGGUUGGCAGCAGACUUGGGCAGAAAACCCCACCUGGAUCUGA